GAGGCGCGCUUCUCUUUCUCGCCCCAUUCGCGGCGAGGGUGGCCGAGGAGGCGAGUCGGGAGGCGCUCGUGGGAACGCGGCCAGCCGGGGCGGGGAUGGCCGGGACGGCGCAGGAGAAGAACACGCUGCUGCACCUCUUGGCCGGAGGGUGUGGGGGGACAGUGGGGGCUAUCUUCACGUGCCCCCUGGAAGUCAUCAAGACGAGGCUGCAGUCUUCCAAGCUGGCAUUCCGAGCCGUCUACUACCCCCAAGUCCAGCUGGGGACUAUCAGCGGUGCAGGGGUGGUCAGGCCAACCUCGGUGUCGCCCGGACUCCUCCAGGUUCUCAAGUCCAUUUUGGAAAAAGAAGGGCCCAGGUCACUCUUCCGGGGACUAGGACCAAACUUGGUUGGGGUCGCGCCAUCGAGGGCGGUGUACUUUGCAUGUUACUCCAAAGCCAAGGAGCUGUUCAACAACGUGUUCGUGCCGAACAGCAACAUUGUCCACGUCUGUGCAGCUGGUUCUGCAGCCUUUAUCACUAAUUCGCUGAUGAACCCCAUCUGGAUGGUGAAGACGAGGAUGCAGCUGGAGAGAAGAGUCAGAGGCUCAAAGCAGAGGAACGCGUUGCAGUGUGCCGGCUAUGUCUACCGGACGGAGGGGGUCCGGGGCUUCUACCGGGGCCUCACAGCCUCCUACGCCGGCAUCUCAGAAACCAUCAUCUGCUUUGCUAUUUACGAGAAGCUGAAGAAGCACGUGAACAACGUCCGUCUGUCCCCUUCUCCCGCCGGCGGGUCGGAGCGAAACUCCACCAACUUUUUUGGGCUAAUGGCCGCCGCCGCUAUUUCCAAGGGUUGCGCAUCCUGCAUCGCUUACCCACACGAGGUUAUACGAACGAGACUUCGAGAGGAAGGCACCAAAUAUAAGACGUUUGUUCAAACGGCCCGGUUGGUGGCCCGGGAGGAGGGUUACUUGGCCUUCUACCGAGGACUCUUUGCUCAGCUCAUGAGGCAGAUCCCCAAUACGGCCAUCGUCUUGUCGACCUACGAGUUGAUCGUCUACCUCUUAGAAGACCGCGUUAAAUAGCACACCGGAAAUGGAAUGCAUUGCUCAAUGGACAGACUCCACGAGGCCAGUUUUCUCCCUGAAAUGGCGACCCUUUUUUUUUUUUCCACUGUUGGCGCAGGACCGGAGAACAGUUUGGAAUCUGUUGAACACGUUGCUUUAUUUAAAAAAAAGCAAAUUUUACUUUCUCCCUCCUUUUCCUUUUGGGUACCUGUUUCCAGGAAGGUUUUGUCUUUAAUUCAUGUUUGUAGUUAAUUAUAUAACUUUUUUUAACUUAAAGAAGUGAGUUUCGAAGCUUAAUGAUGACUAAAUUAAAUCACAUUAUUUAAUUUA